GUGGAGCAGGUCGGCAGAGGAGGAGGAGGAAAAAGAGAAAACAAAUAGGAUUUCCUCCCCCCUUCACCCUCCAAAGAAGACAAUGGAGGAGGCCACCAGAAAUCUGGGGAGGCAUUUCAAUGCAAAUAACGAAGAAGCCAUUAAAAAACCAUUUAAAUGCAUGGAGUGCGGAAAGAGCUUCAGUGCGAGUGGAAACCUUAGAAACCAUCAACGGACUCACACGGGGGAGAAACCAUUCAAAUGUAUUCAGUGUGGAAAGAGCUUCAGUGCGAGUGGAAACCUUAGAAACCAUCAACGGACUCACACGGGGGAGAAACCAUUCAAAUGUAUUCAGUGCGGAAAGAGCUUCAGUGCGAGUCGAAACCUUAGGAACCAUCAACGGACUCACACGGGGGAGAAACCAUUUAAAUGUAUUGAGUGUGGAAAGAGCUUCAGUCGGAGUGGAGAUCUUAGAAUUCAUCAACAAACUCACACGGGAGAGAAACCAUUUAAAUGCAUGGAGUGUGGAAAGAGCUUCAGUCAGAGUGGAGAACUAAGAAGGCAUCAACGGACUCACACAGGGGAGAAACCAUUUAAUUGUACCGAGUGUGGAAAGAGCUUCAGUAGGAGUGGACACCUUAGAGUUCAUCAACGAACUCACACGGGGGAGAAACCAUUUAAAUGCAUGGAGUGUGGAAAGAGCUUCAGUAGGAGUGGAUACCUUAAAAUUCAUCAACGGAGUCACACGGGGGAGAAACCUUUUGAAUGCAUGGAGUGUGGAAGGAGCUUCGCUAUUAUUGGAAACCUUAGAAGACAUCAGCGGGAACACACUGGGGAUAAACCAUUUAAAUGCAUGGAGUGUGGAAAGAGCUUCAGUCAGAGUGGAGAACUAAGAACCCAUCAAAGGACUCACACAGGGGAGAAACCAUUUAAAUGUAUGGAGUGUGGAAAGAGCUUCAGUCAGAGUGAAAACCUUAGAAUUCAUCAACGGACUCACACAGGGGACAAACCAUUUGAAUGCAUGGAGUGUGGAAAAAGCUUCACUACUAGUGGAAACCUUAGAAUUCAUCAACGGACUCACACAGGGGACAAACCAUUUGAAUGCAUGGAGUGUGGAAAAAGCUUCACUACUAGUGGAAACCUUAGAAACCAUCAACGGACUCACACAGAGGAGAAACCAUUUAAAUGUAUGGAGUGCGGAAAGAACUUCACUACUAUUGGAAACCUUAGACAACAUCAACCGACUCACACGGGAGAGAAACCAUUUAAAUGCAUGGAAUGUGGAAAGAGCUUCACUAUUAUUAGAAACCUUACAAGACAUCAACGGGAACACACUGGGGAGAAACCAUUUAAAUGUAUGGAGUGUGGAACGAGCUUCAGUCAAAGUGGGUACCUUAGAAUUCAUCAACGGACUCACACGGGGGAGAAACCAUUUAAAUGUAUGGAGUGUGGAACGAGCUUCAGUCGGAGUGGAACACUAAGAAUUCAUCAACGGACUCACACGGGGGAGAAACCAUUUAAAUGCAUGGAAUGCGGAAAGUGCUUCUGUAGAGGUGGGCAACUGAAUUCACAUCAUCGAACACACACAGGAGAGAUGCCAUUUGAAUGUAUGGAGUGUGGAAGGAGCUUCACUUAUAGUGGAACACUAAGAAUUCAUCAACGGACUCACACAGGGGAAAAACCAUUCAAAUGCAUGGAGUGUGGAAAGAGCUUCAGUCAGAGUGGAAGUCUUACAAAACAUCAACAAAUUCAUACUGGGGAGAAACCAUGUAAGUCCUACGGAAGUGGAUUGAGGUUCAGUUGUAGUGGAAGUCUUACAAACCACCUAAAGACUCUGAGGGGUAAGAGCUGUAAGAGUGGAAACUCUACAAGCCAUGAAUUAACUCAAAGAAGGGAAAUGGUUUAAAUAGAAGGAUUGUGGAUUCUGCUUUGGUUAUUAUGGAACGCUUUUUAAAGUGUUUGGAGUUUUAAAGUCUUUCUCUCCGAAUUGACACUUUUCUUCACAUCAGUAACAGGAAAUCCAUCUUAAAGGCUUGUAGUGUAUGUGAGCUUCUGUUGUUUGUAUGUACCAUUUUCUAGACAUGUUUUCAAAGUAAUGAAGGUAACAUUUCAGAAUAAUAAUAAUAAUAAAUUUUUUAUACCCCGCCCUUCCCAGUCAAGACCGGGCUCAGGGCGGCUAACAACAAAAAUUUCAAAGCAAGCAUAAAAGAAACAAUUCAAUUAAAAUUCAUAUUAAAUACAAUGUUAGAAUUCAAUUUUAAAAUUAGGAAUCUAUAAGUGGAACCUCAUUUGAAUAUCUUUAGGAUAAAACAUCAGGGGAGGAUAACCCCGGGGUCAGACUGAGUCAGUCCAAAGGCCAAGCAGAACAGCUCUGUCUUGCAGGCCCUGCAAAAAGAUGGCAACUCCCACUGGGCCCUAGUCUCCUGAGAGAGAGCGUUCCACCAGGUCGGGGCUAGUACUGAGAAGGCCCUGGUCCUGGUCGAGGCCAGUCUAACCACCUUGUGACUCGGGAUCUCCAGUAUGUAAUUAUCUGUGGACCUUAAGGUCCUCUGCGGGGCAUACCGGGAGAGGCGGUCCCGUGGGUACGAGGGUCCUAAGCCGCAUAAGGCUUUCAAGGUCAAAAUCAGCACCUUAAACCUGAUCCUGUACUCCACCGGGAGCCAGUGCAGCUGGUAAAGCACUGGAUGAAUGUGAUCCCGCGGCUGGGACCCCGUAAGGAGUCUCACCGCAGCAUUCUGCACCCGCUGGAGUUUCUGGGUCAGUUUCAAGGGCAGCCACACAUAGAGCGAGUUACAAUAAUCAAGCCUAGAGGUGACCAUCGCAUGGAUCACUGUGGCCAGGUCAGGCAUAAUAUAAUAUAACUAGUAUCAUGAAGCCUGUUAAAUUCACGGGUGCUAGAACAGUGAGCUAUAAUUGGUGAUGGACUAUGUGUAUUGUAAUCAUGUCUUGUUUGAGAACUUCCCUGAUACCAUCAUGGUCAUUAACAAAAACACAUAAUUUCCCUGGAGGGACUCCCGAUUUAAUUUUACCAGGAAUGUGUAAAUAAACCCUUCUCCCCCUGAGACCCAAUUCCCUCCUCAUCCCGCGCACCGCCAGCCAGCCCCACCCGCGCGCCCACGCUCCCUUCCUCUCAGACCAACCGUCUCUCCUGGUCCCCUCAGUGCCCGACCUACCUCCAGGCUGAUGUAGGAGAUGAAGGAGGGCUUGGCCGGCCUGGCCUCCGCACCGCCCCCUGCGCCCAGCAUGUCUGGCCCCCGCGAACUGGCGACUGAAUUUCAACAGGGAAAAAUAAAUCUCAGGUCCUGCACUUAGGCAGGAAGAACCACCUGCCCAAAGAGAGGAUGGGGGACACCUGGCUUCCUAGCAGGACAUGUGAAAAGGAUCUGUGGGCUCUCCUUCCUUGGAGGUUUUUCAGCAGAGGUUGGGGGGCCAUCUGUCCUGGAUGCUUGAGCUGAGAUGCCUGCCUUGCAGGGGGUUGGUCUAGAUGACCCUUCAGCCCCUUCCAGUUCUCAGAUUCUGUGAUGCUAUGGCUCUUCAAAGGGGCAGCGGGGAGAAGGGGCAGCAUGGGAGACACCUGGCUUGAGAGCAGUACAUGUGAAAAGGAUCUAGGAGUCUUGGUAGACCACAAACUUGACAUGAGUCAGCAGUGUGAUGCAGCAGCUAAAAAGGCCAAUGCAAUUCUGGGCUGCAUCAAUAGGAGUAUAGCAUCUAGAUCAAGGGAAGUAAUAGUACCACUGUAUUCUGCUCUGGUUAGACCUCACCUGGAGUACUGUGUCCAGUUCUGGGCACCACAGUUCAAGAAGGAUACUGAUAAGCUGGAACGUGUCCAGAAGAGGGCAACCAAAAUGGCCAAAGGCCUGGAAACGAUGCCUUAUGAGGAACGGCUUAGGGAGCUGGGUAUGUUUAGCCUGGAGAAGAGAAGGUUAAGGGGUGAUAUGAUAGCCAUGUUCAAAUAUAUAAAAGGAUGUCAUAUAGAGGAGGGAGAAAGGUUGUUUUCU